UGGAGGAGACAGAUAAGAAAAGUUCAAAACAGACAUUUGGAAACAUGGAUUCUACUGCCGGAGUCGAAAGGUUGAAAAGGGAUAUUCCCCCAGCUCAUUUCAUAUUUAUGAUACGUUCUUUUUCUUUACUCGAUGAAACAGGAAAUGAGAAACAUGAAUCCGGAGUUUUCCAGGCUUGUGAUAAAAAAUGGAAGCUAUGUGUUUAUCCCAAGGGAAAGAAGAAGCAGGCAGAUGGAGAUGGAGAUGGUCAUAUCUCCCUCUACCUAGAAAUUGUUGACACUAAUGAUUAUCCCCGUGGAUGGGAAGUUCACGUUAAGUUUAGUCUUUUUGUGUACGAUUAUGUUCAGGAUAAAUAUUUGACAGUACAAGAUGCUGGAGGAAAAGUGAGGCGGUUUCACUAUAUGAAAACUCAAUGGGGCUUCGAUCAGCUACUUUCUUUGUCUACUUUCAAGGAUCCCUCUAAUGGAUAUCUAGUUGAUGACACAUGUGCAUUUGGAGCUGAGAUUCUUGUCGUUUCUGAUGCUGCUACAAAACGCCGCGAAUGUCUUUCAAUGGUAAAAGAUCCAACAAGCAAAACUUACACAUGGAGAAUAAACGACUUCACAUCAAAAAAGAACCAGAAUAUCAUAUAUUCUGAUGAGUUCACCAUUGAAGGAAGCAAAUGGAACUGCAGGAAACUGAUGCUUUAUCCCAGUGGAGACGGAAGUGCGAAGGGCAAACAUUUGUCCCUCUUUCUCCAUCUGGAGUCCACUGAUUUAUCAAACCUUAAAGAUCAUGCUAGAAAAUUAUUUGCAAGGUAUAGGUUGCGGAUAUGCAAUCAAUUGAAGAGCAGUGAAAACCACGAAUAUCUAGUGCGGCCAGUUUUUUUUGGUGUUGGCUCUUCAGCAGUCUCUAACUGGGGCUAUUCCAACUUUAUGAGCCUUGACCAAUUGGAUAGUGCUACAAAAGGUUUCCUAGUUAAUGACACCCUAAUUGUGGAAGCUGAAUUUAUUAUGGUGUCCAUGUUCUCGGACUUUUGAUCUGCUACUGUACUGUACUACUCUUGUCCACUUUCAAGUUUCAACCAUCCCUUUGUUUAUUAUUAAGUGCUAAAAUUUGAAAUUAACGAAACAAAUACAUAUAUAAAAAGGUGCAGAUAAAAGACAAGGAGCAAAGCUGAUACCAGUAAGGAAUUGAUGGAAACAGAAGAAGAGCAUAUACAUACAUGGAUCAGGCAAAGAAGUGCAGUGGCGAUAUGAUGUACAAAUUUCAGUUUGCGAUUGUUGUUGCACAACAUAUUAAUAUAUAUUCGCACAUUAUUUGAUUUUCA